GAACGUUAUGUUUACAGUAUACUGGCAGACCGAUCAGGAAAGAGAGGACUAUGAAAAAGUGCGACACUUCCAUUCUUCCACAUGGUUCUGUCACUGCUAAGGCGAGCUGCGCAGGCAGCGAUAUUAUACCUCUCAUAGGAAAGUUACAGAGUUGUUUUCAGCAGCGAMGKGCUCUACGUAUCACAGGGCGAGUUUUCAGUCGCACUGGCAGUUGAACGUUUGAUUGCAGAACAUUUUUAAUUUGUUAUUUCGUUCUCUUUUUUGAAGAUAUACGCGCACUAGAGACUGACUGCGCAGCGUCUCCAAAACGGACUGAAAGAUAGAGGAGACUUGCAAUAACUUUUACGCAAUCCGUCCAGUGUGGUUACAUAAACAUACGUUUAUUGAGUGACUGAAAGAAAACCGAUGAUAUAACAACAUUGGCAACUUUUGCGCACUUUCUCACCAUAACAUAAUUCUGAACAGCACUUUUUUUGGUACGUUUUCUGUCUAACCGAGAGAUUGAGAAAGAAAGAGAAACGAUGGUACAGCACAUGAGCCACGCAGAGAGCACAGAUUCAUUCUCUCCUGGUGGGGACUGCACCGAUACCGGAGAUAUGGACUUGGAGAUGGACGCGUCUCCGACUCCCGGGUCUCCGCUAUCCUCCACGGGAGGGGACCGAGGCAACGUCGCCUGGUGUAAAACCCCCACGGGACACAUCAAGAGACCGAUGAACGCGUUUAUGGUGUGGUCUCAGAUCGAGAGGAGAAAGAUCAUGGAGCAGAGCCCGGACAUGCACAACGCUGAGAUCUCCAAGCGGCUGGGCAAGCGCUGGAAACUACUCAAAGACACAGAYAARAUCCCSUUCAUCCGGGAAGCAGAGCGKCUGAGRCUCAAGCACAUGGCCGACUACCCUGACUACAAGUAYCGKCCAMGGAAGAAGGUUAAGACRCCCAGYWCCAAGACAGAGCGGGGAGAGAGAGGAGAGAAAGGAGCGGAUAGGAGCGGGGGUUCUAAGUCCUCAUCGAAAAGAAGCUCUGGGUCUAGGGUGAACAGCAGAGCGCACAAGCCGGGACAGGGGAGCGCCAAGCUGCCUACCCAGGGGCAGGAGUGUGCGUCUCCCGCGGAUCACCACACGCUCUACAAAUCCAGGUCAGUGACUGGUGCCCGGCAGAUACCAGACAAGCCAGCCAGGCGCGGCUACAUGUUUAGCGGGGGAGGGAGCUUGGACAGCGGGCCGCCCUCUGUGGGAGUCCCAGGGAGUCCCGCCCUGAGCAGCUCGUCUGAGUCCUGUGACCCGAUGAGCCUGUAUGAAGACCAGGCGACSGGGGCGAACGAAGCACUUCCCUCCAACCUUUCAACAUCCUCACCAUCAUCGGCAGUCCGCCUCAGGUACACACGUGCGUCCUCUCCAACCCCGUCCGCCUCUCACUCCUCUUCCUCUUCCCUCUCUUCUUCCUCGGAUGAAGAGCUGGAGGAUGAGCGGUUCGAGCUACAGCCGAGCCCCGGGUUUGAGAGCAUGUCUCUGGGCAGCAUGGGGCCAUGUGAGUCGGAGCUCGACAGGGACCUGGACUGGAGCUUCGGCGAGUGUGGGGCGGGAUCUCACUUUGACUUCCCCGACUACUGCACCCCCGAGGUCAGCGAGAUGAUCUCGGGAGACUGGCUGGAGUCUACCAUCUCCAACCUGGUCUUCACUUACUGAGCGGCGGAAAGGAGAGAAAACACAGAGAACAAGAGUGAAAGAGAAGCCCCGCCCCGCGCAAAACUAAAGCCCAGUAAGUGUGAGAGAAGAAUCUUCAGACAUUCUUUCAGAUUAUUGGGGAGAGUGAAAUGUGAGCUAAACUCUCCCUCGUUUUGUAAAGAAAAGCCUAAUAUUAAUGACAUGUGUUUAGGUUAAAAUGUGCAGAGUGUGUGUUUCAAAAACGUAAUCGUCUGUUCCAUGUGGGUAUCGACAAAGACACGAACGGGGACAGACAGGGGCGCAUUGUUGCCUGGUGCGCAGAACAGAAGGAAAGUGCAUCGCUUGCAUUUGGAGAGCGAAGAGAGAAGGACUCUGAGCCCGCCUCUUUUUGAAGUGACACACACACAGACACACACACACGGAC